AUGUUGCGAUGGCAAAUAGUAGUGGUGCUUUUAGUAAAUGCAGCCGCUGAUCCAGAACGAGCUAAACGACAAUUAUCCAUUGACGACCUGAUUUCGAGGGCGCUCUCACUUGUUCGACCGAUUUUCGAUACAUCGCAACCGUUGCAGAACGAUGAGAUGCUGAAGAAACAACCAGUACCAUCAACGGACGAUAUACGCGAUUCGAGCAUACUCGGUGCACGUGCUGCUCACCCUUUGGACGAUAUACCACUUUGUAAAGGAAGUAAUAGAAUCUGUCAAUUUAUCUCAUGUUCUGCGGAAAAUUUCAAGAAAGAUCCUACAUUCGGAAAUAUUCAACUAGCAGCUCAAGUGUUAUCCGAUAAAAAAUUACGACAAGCUAUUAGCAGAGAGCAAGGCAUGGACGAAGGUCAAUGCAAACUCUUCUCGAACGGAUUCCAACUAAUCGAUCGAUUUAUAACAACUAUCGAAUCGAGAUCUCCAGCAAAAAGUGAGGAUCCACCGAGGACAGAAGUUACGAGGCAACCUGAUCAUAAAGAGAAUGAUAUUAUGAUGGACGACGCUGAAUAUGUUAUGGAUUUACCACAACCACGUGAGAAAGUCUAUGGAUCGAAAACAUGGAGUAGUCAACCGGAGCAGGAGCAUCCUGGACCACAUCUACUCGAAAUCCGCAACGAUCUUGUCGCCAGUUUUACACCGUUGCCGCCGGCACCAUUUGUGCAUCCCACUCCACCUCCGGCUCCACCGCUUGCAUUCCCAACAGUUCCGUCACUAAUUGUGCCUCCCUUGUUACCUCCUAUUCUACCUGUAGAUAAAUUAUUUCAUUUGAAGAUUGACCCAAUAAUACGUCGACAACGUGACAUCGACUGGGAUUUUAUGGAUGAGGAAGAUAAUUCAGAACGACGAGUUAAAAGAGAUUACUAUGAUGAGGUGCAUACAUCAAAAUCAGGUUCCUCAUCAUCAUCCUCCUCCUCCUCCUCUUCUCUUCAUUCUACUGGUUCAACUGUCGAUUCGUCUGACGAUUAUUAUGGGACUAUCGCUGAAUCAACACCAAAAAAACAUGAAGAAAGUUCACCGUUACAAAAUUGUGUUCAUAUUUUAGGUAAUCGAUUAACUCAGAAUCUUUACCGACUUGUUGUAAAGGAUAUUCCCGAAAAUUUCGGAUCACGUAGCAUAUCAUUUCGCUCACUCUCACUGCUAGAGAUGCGCGAAUUCCACAAGAAGAUCGUGAAAUCCAUGCGAUCGUCUGGAUUCCAUGUAGACCGCUGA